GUGCGCGCAUACAGCGGAUCACCGAGGCGGGAGGAACUGCAGCUGAAACAACGCUCUGCCUGCAAACCGCCCUCGAAGGGGCGGCGAUUGCGAGCAGACAGCGGCAGCACCCGAAGCGGCAAGCCCAGAAUCGACCAGAGCAGCGCGAAGGCGACGGACGCGAAGGGAUCGGCGCGUCCCCUCCGGCCCCUACCCCGUGCCCUGCCGUGACUCCGGGCGGGGUAUUGUGGGGGUGUUCCCCCCGCGGCGGAUUUCGCCGACCUUCGCCCUCGAGCAACCCCCUUCCCCGAGUCCACUGAACACAUGAGGUUUUUCAGGUUGACCUUCAAGUGCUUCGUGGAUUGUUUCUGAGUCUCUGCAAAAUCCCAGCCCUCCCCUCCAAGCCGGCUACCUGCCCCAGCGAGCCCCAGCCCCAGCUCAGACUCCACUCUCCACCAUCUGCCGCUCGCCUCUUGCGAGGGGGCUUCUGACUGCACCCCCCCCCUUCGCAGCCCUUCUCUCCUUUUCUCUUUUGAGCAUCGUCUCGAUCCGUCUGGAAGGGGGCGACCAGGACUCGAGAAUCCCCCCAGGCACCAUGGCCAAGGGGGCUUCGUCGGAGAGCGGCGGCGGCGGCGGCGGCGGCAUUUACAGCGUCUCGGUCGAACCGCAGGACAAAAAGACGGGAUCCCCCGCAGCCGCCAUGUGCCAAGGAGCUUCAGUCGGGAGCAAAGGGGAGGCCGUGGACUCCUGCAAGCCGACCCUGGCCUUGCCGCCCCGCGAGAGAGAGACUUGGACCCGGCAGAUGGAUUUCAUCAUGUCCUGCGUGGGCUUCGCCGUGGGGCUAGGCAACGUGUGGCGCUUUCCCUACCUGUGUUACAAGAACGGGGGAGGUGUGUUCCUCAUCCCGUACAUUCUUAUUGCCCUCCUUGGUGGGAUUCCCAUUUUCUUCUUGGAAAUUUCUUUGGGGCAAUUCAUGAAGGCUGGAAGCAUCGCGGUAUGGAACAUAGCGCCACUUUUCAAAGGACUGGGAUUUGCUUCCAUGGUGAUUGUCUUCUACUGCAACACGUACUACAUCAUGGUACUUGCCUGGGGCUUCUACUAUCUGGUGAAGUCUUUUACAGCCACCCUGCCCUGGGCAACCUGUGGGAAUCCCUGGAACUCCCCAGAGUGUGUGGAAAUCUUCCGACAUGAAGAUUGUGCCAAUGGCACUGCCAGUAGCAACCUUACCUGUGAUGAACUUUCUGACAAGCGGUCACCUGUCAUCGAAUUUUGGGAGAACAAGGUGUUGAAUAUUUCAAAAGGCCUGGAGUACCCUGGGGCUAUCAACUGGGAAAUGACCCUGUGCCUCCUAGCUUGCUGGGUCCUUGUCUAUUUCUGCGUUUGGAAAGGCGUCAAAUCUGCAGGAAAGAUUGUCUACUUCACUGCUACAUUCCCUUACGUGGUGCUCAUUAUACUGUUUAUUCGAGGGGUGAUGCUGCCUGGAGCUCAGGAUGGGAUAAUUUACUAUCUCAAACCCGACUGGUCCAAACUGGCUUCGCCUCAAGUGUGGAUUGAUGCUGGGACCCAAAUCUUUUUCUCCUAUGCCAUAGGACUGGGGGCACUCACUGCCCUGGGCAGCUAUAACCGAUUCAACAACAAUUGUUAUAAAGAUGCCAUCAUUCUGGCACUGAUCAAUAGUGGGACCAGCUUCUUCUCUGGUUUUGUAGUCUUCUCCAUCCUAGGCUUCAUGGCUGCAGAACAGGGAGUUGAUAUCUCCAAAGUGGCAGAAUCUGGACCUGGGCUGGCUUUUAUUGCAUAUCCAAGAGCUGUCACUCUGAUGCCAGUUGCUCCUCUCUGGGCUGCCCUCUUUUUCUUCAUGCUGCUGCUUCUGGGCUUAGACAGCCAGUUUGUGGGCGUUGAAGGCUUUAUAACUGGGAUCCUGGACUUCUUCCCAUCCGCCCACGGCUUCCGAUUCCAGAGAGAGAUCACCGUGGCCAUCUGCUGUGUCAUCUGCUUCUUCAUUGAGCUGUCCAUGGUGACUGAGGGGGGCAUGUAUGUCUUCCAGCUCUUCGAUUACUAUUCAGCGAGUGGCACAACACUACUGUGGCAGGCCUUCUGGGAGUGCGUGGUCGUCGCCUGGGUUUAUGGGGCUGACCGUUUCAUGGAUGACAUUGCCUGCAUGAUUGGGUACCGGCCCUUUCCUUGGAUGAAAUGGUGUUGGAUGGUCGUGACCCCGCUCAUCUGCCUGGGUAUCUUUUUCUUCAACGUUGCCUACUACAAGCCAUUGAUCUACAACAACAGCUACGUCUACCCCUGGUGGGGAGAAGCCAUUGGCUGGGGCUUUGCACUAUCUUCCAUGCUAUGUGUCCCUCUUAUUGCCCUCUACAAAUUCAUCCGUGCCAAGGGAACGCUGGCUGAGCGCUGGCGCCAUCUCACUAAGCCAAUCUGGGGAUUGCAUCAUCUAGAGUACAAGGUGCCUGAAACAGAUGCUCUGACCAGCCUCUCCCCUGUCCUGGAUGGGGGUGCGAAAAUUGUCAUCUUCGAGAGCGUCAUGUGACCAGCUCUCCCCCCCCCCCCGCUGCAAGAGAGGCCCUGUCUCCAUGCCACUCUGCCCUGGUCUGCCAAUGUAGGAGGCAGGGAAAGGAUGCCAUCUGUGAAGUUGGGGGGGGGGCUCCCUACCUGUGGGGAAGAGGUAUUAGGGAUUGUUUAUCCAUCUCCACCUUUUUCCUCUCAAGCACCAGAACGGCUGAGAAGUGGAUUAACUAGUUGGAGUACUAAAGGCCAUAG